AUGUCUCGUUCCGCAGCGGACGCAACCCGCUUCACAGCCACAGGCCCAUAUGCUUACUCGAAACCAGCAGCGACCAGUUCGCCGUCCUCACGAUGGGCGGGAGCGGGAAACGGUCCAUCCAACACGGCCCGACUGAACCCGAACCCCGAGGGCGCGAAACGGGAGACUCCCAAACAAAAGGUUGAGCGACUACGUGCUGAGGCCCGGGCCGCACGGUACGCGAAGACCUUCACCCCGUUGGAUCGACUCAUGAUGAAGGGGCGGAUAUGGGCUGAUCGUGCGCAUAAAAUUACGGUGUAUACUCUCAUAGCUGCAUCUGGUAUUGCUGCUGCUCUCACAGUCUACUCUGCCACAUCGCUGAUCAUUUACAAUCGCCGGCAACGACAACUGUGGAUUGAUAAAGAAUUGCAAAAGCUCUUGGACGCAAGAAAGGCUUACAUCGCAGGCAAUCCCACGCCCGAUCAGCUCAGAUUACUUGAACAGGAAAAGCUUGCGGAAGAGGAAGUAAGGAGGAAAGAAGAAUUGAAGAAGGAAAGCUUGUUUAAUAAGGGGAAAGAGUGGCUAUUUGGAGGAUUGAAAAUGGAAGAUGGUGCAAAUGGUGACCUGAAAGGGAGUGACGAAAUCCCGACUGCGAAACCGAGCAUUCUCGAAGUCGUAAAUGCCAAGAGAACGGAAAAUGGUCCCUCAUUUGAACAGGGACCGAUCCCAGGUGGACUGGGCCAAAUGGAUCAAAAGACAGAUGGAGGACCUAACGAACCGAAACGAAGCUGGGUGAGCUGGAUAACGGGACGGUAA